GGUUUACCUCCACGCGGCGGAACCGUGGCUUCAAGUUCUUCCGAGGCUACAGAAUCCGAGAAUUCAUACAAUGAUAAUUAUGAUAAACCACCAAGUUCGAUAAUAAGAAGAAAUUCCUUACCAGCAGCUUCCACUGUGUCAUGUAGCAGUUCAGAGAUCGAUUUACAACAUGUUCCUCAAACUUAUGAUCCUCCUAGAUAUGAUUUAGUCGUUAAUCCUGAACUCCUAAACGAGCGGAGAAAUGACGAAACGAUAUCAUGUUCGAAAAUUUACUAUGAUCAACGUUCUGACACUGCUACGAGAUCUACCAGAGCCUCAAUCCCUGUUCCACGUUCAGUUCCACGCGUCAACUCAAAAUUCGCCGAAUCAUUGGACCACUUGGAUGUCAAUCGUCGACGUACUCGUGGUAAACCCGAGUUUGACGCGUCACAUGAACAUUACAUGGUUCCAACGCAUGAGCCCAAUCGGCCAAGUGACAAUCGCACAUUGUCAUUAUUUAAUCCAGAAUUUUUACCAAAUUUUAACGACAUGCUUAUGUAUGUGAGACCUGAUGCCGAUCUCAAUGUCUCCUUUCCCACUUGGAAUUCCAAUGACUUUUCUUAUGGUGAAAAUAAUACUUCCAUUACGAGGGAAAGCCUCAAUAGCGAUGCUAGUGUUGAUUCUCGUUUCAUUGGGACAUCCAGUUCUACUAGAGAUGCUAGCUAUACCAGUUUAAAUAUCCAGGAUCGUUUGAAUCACGUGACUGGAGUAUUGGAAAAGGAGAAUAUAUAUGCUGCUGUCGCGCGACAAGAAGCUAAACGAGGGUGCAACACAAUCGAGUACAAUUGUUGAGUUAUGAGCGUGGUAAGUUAAGCUUUAUCGUCCCCUGCGUAAUACGAGUGGGUUGUGUGCGUCGUCAAAAGCCAUUAAAUGUGCAAGCGAAAGUUAUAUUCAAGAAUACGAGUAUGGAAAGGAGAAAUGAUUGAAUGGGACAUAUUAUUAUUGAAUAUAUAUGAUGGAUAAUUAUUGUUAAAUGUGAUACGAAAGGUGAACUGUGUUCUUAGUAGUGGCCUGUUAGGUAAUUAGAUGAAGCAGAGUAAAAAAGAAAUUUUUAAAUUAAAUUUAAAAAUGUAUCGUUGCAUAUAUAACAUAAAAAAUAAUACACAGUGAAAAAUUUGUGAAUAAUGUGUUAAAAACAGCUUUAUUCAAUAUUUUCUUUGAUUAUAAAUUAAAGAGAAUUAUUUUUCUUCAAGAAAUUUUAUUGAUUUAUAUAACUUUGUGUAAACUAGAACAUUUUUUAUGCUUAAGAUUUGAAAUUGGAUAAUUGUGCAGUAUAUGUAUUACUUUAAGGCUUUAAUACAAGUAAACUAAUUGUUAAGAAAACUUUUCUAGGUGCUUCUCAGAAAUGUUCAGACCAUUGUGUUAGAUUUUUAUCUACAAAAUUGAUACAAAAAUGGAAUUAAAAGUAAUUCUAUUGAUACUUUUCUUUUAUAUUUAAUUGUAUAAUAAUGUAUAAAAUUGUGAUAGAAUUUAAGAAACAAUGAGUUUAUCUGAAAGAUCUAGUUUUCAGUAAAUUAAUGAGGUACUUAUUUCUAAUUUUCACGAGAAUAAAUUUAUCUGAAUGAAAAUCUUUGACCUAUAAAAGAUUUUUCACUCUUCAGACAUCAAUCAUUCACAUAGAUUCAUUGUUUUUUUUAUUCAUAAUUAAAUUAUUUAUUUUAGAACAAAAAAUUAUUUUAUUAAAAAGAAACAGUUGAUAUUUGAAAAAUGACAUUCAACUUGAAAUGGUCACGAUGAUAUUUUGUUUGCGAAUCAGGAUUUUUAUAAACAUUGUAAAAAAAUUUAAGUGUUAAUUUUGAACAUAAAAGUAAACGACUGUUUUUAACAUAAAAACAAGUAUUAAAUGAACACAAAUUUUUUUACUGUGUACUCAGCAGAUGAGGCGUGCCUUCCAUGUAUUUUUGUUGGCAUUUAGCUAGAGAGAGUAAAGAAAAUGUUAGAGGACGUGAAGAAACUGUGAAGAUGCUUUUAAGGAUAGCUCGAAAUGAUGACGUGAGGUGUAAGUAAGCAGCUGGCGCAAGUUCAAUAUCGACUAUAAUGAGAUAGUAGAUCGAAAGUAAAGCGGAGUUAGUUGAAUGUGGAUAUUAGUAGUAUAUAGUUGAGUAUACAUAUAAGUUAUAUUGAUGGGAUUAAUGGAAAUUGGUUUCGAUCGACCGACGACGACUCUCGUACCCGAUGGCUCACUUGGCGCGCAGGCUGGACUGCCAACCAGGUGGAAACGACUUUAUAUGUAAAUAUAUAUUUUAAAUUAAUCUCGUCUUCAAAAAUAAUCUCGGCGGGCAUCGAUAAUUGAUAUUUAACAUAUGUACAUAUUUAUCCCGUCGAGAAUAAUCGAUAGGUGAGUGUGGGUAGGCAUGCGUAAAUACUUUUUGUACAUCGCUUAACAAAAUGCAUUUAAUUCCUACCCUAUGCAGACUGUAUGGAAAUUAUUAUUAUUAUUAUUAAAAAGUAUUCUCUAAAGAAAACCCGAAUGGCAGCUAUUUUACAAUUUCUACUGGAUAUAUAAACAAAUUUAUUGCAAAUUAUUCGUCAUGCUCUCUAGGUAUCUAAAAGGAAAUUUGGAAUAUUCAUUCAAUCCAUUACUUAGCAAUGGCACAUCCCACACGAUUAUCCUUUUAGGUAUCUUAAGUUUAUUUGUCGAAUUUUAGUAGUCUUAUUAUCCACUCAACAUAUUGGAUUGCUGCACUAAUUGUUAUAUAUAUAUAGAUAUUUUUUGCACAUUUGUUUGAAUAAUCAAAUUAAUAUUCUUUGUAAGUAAUUAAUUUUAAAAUUUAUUUUUUAAUACUCUGAUUAUAUU